UGUGAGCGCGCGCGCCUGUGUGCGUGCGAGUCGCGGGUCUUUGCGGUGGAGAAACUUCAUUCUACAAUUUUACUUCAUCGUCGACCGCACAGUGAGUCGGACGCAGAAGCAUCAAGUCUCUCUCUCUCUCGCUUUCUGUUCAGCCAAUUCCCAAGCAAUUGAGCAACUUCCCCCCAAGUUAGCUGUUUUGAGAAAGUGAAGUGGAGAUUCGCCAGUUCUUAAGUGAAAAUCUCUCAGUGAUUUUGCACCACAGCCAGAAGUGAUUAGCAUUGAGUGUGUGAACAAAGCACAAAACAAUUAAUAAUCAACCAUCAGUGAACUCAAGUGACUCACUGGAGAAUUUUAAAAAUUCAAUAGACAACAGUGAUAGGAAUUAUUGCAAAAUGCCAGACUCUGGAUUACUCCUGUCGCCGCCAGCAACUCCGCCACUUAGAGAGGAAAUGAAGCACGGAGAUGACAGCAUCAGAAAGUGCCUCAAGAGGAAGCUGGAGAGCGUUCUGCCCAAGGGCAUGGUCACACCGAAUCCAUCCGACACGGAGGAUGACUCAGACUUGCCCCCGCGGAAGCGCCACUACGCCAGGGAGCAGUCCUUCGCCGCCAGCCUCACGCCGCCGCCGUCCGAGGACGAGGACACGCGCGAGUUCCGGCUGACGAAGGAGGACUUUAUCUCCAGGAUCACAGAGGCGGCCAAUGAGAUCUAUGGCCAGGAGAACGCCCUGCAGCAGCAACAGCAGCGCGCCAGCGUGAUCAUGCGCGCCAGCAGAGACGGCACGAUCAAGCCGGAGCAGCCGAGCGAGGCGCAGUCUUUCGACACCUUCAACGUGUUCCGCAGUGUCAAGUACAAGAUUGGGCGACACAGCCGGCCCCAGGCGCCGCCCGCCACUGUCACACCCGCCGUCCCGGAGGCGCCCAGCGAGGAGCCCGUGGAGCGAGUGCGCAAAAUUGCAACACCGCCACCGGUCGCCUCGCCACCGCCGCCCGCCAAGCCCGCUCAACUGCCCGCCAUCGCGCCCAAAUUGCCGCCGCAGGGCUUCCUCAUCACCACCACCUCGGCCGGCGGCAACAUCCUCCCCGCCGGGCAGUACGUCAUCUUCCAGACGCUGUCGCCCAUGGUGCCGCCCAAGAGCGCCUCGGCGGCCAGCAGCCCGCCGCCGGAGCGGCGGCGCAUCUUCGAGUGUGAGUACCCCAACUGCGGCAAGAACUACUUCAAGUCCAGCCACUUGAAGGCCCACAAGCGCAUCCACACCGGCGAGCGGCCCUUCAUAUGCAAAUUCGAGGGCUGCAACCGCCGCUUCUCGCGCUCGGACGAGCUCUCCCGCCACAAGCGCACGCACACCGGCGAGAAGAAGUUCGAGUGUCCUGUGUGCCAGCGCCGCUUCAUGCGCAGCGAUCACCUGUCCAAGCACGUGAAGCGCCACUCGAAGGACAAGAAGUCCGACCGGAUGAAUCAGCAGAAAUCCAUUGUCAAGGCGAUUUCGUAGGCUGAUCGCAUCCGCCGCACAUUCCUGCCCAGAAGCGCGCCUCACCCGCGCGCGACAACGGGACGAGUGACACGCGCGCUCUUCAGUAAUUAUCAUCCUUCACACCGCCAUCAAUGCCAUCAUCAUCCGCCUAGACUAAGAGAAGAAACAAAGGAAAACUCUGUGAUUUUCACUUUCACGCAACUUCGAGCACUUUAGAGAGCAAAAUUGCGCGCUCUUCAGCGGCUGUUGCAGGAAACCCAACUCUGUUUUGCAUUUCUAUCCUUCUAACAUAAGUUUUUACACUACAACCCUAGGAACUAGAUUACACCAGCUGCAUCUAGACUUAGAUCAGACCUAUUUAUAAACCCAUUGUUUUUCACACACACGGAGAGCAAUUGCUUAUGUUUAUUAUAUACUGUGAAUGAGCGGAAUCAUACUUUAUCCCUCAUUUCUCAUCGCAUCAAGUACAAUUUGUGAGGAAACAAAGAUCGGUGAAUAUUUGUUAAAGAAAAAAAUUCUUAUUUAGGACAACAAAUAAAUUAUUGAAUAACUGAAA